CUCCUCAGCGUCGCGGCCGCUGCCGCCGCCGACCCUCGCCGCCGCAUCCUCCGUCCUUAGGCAGCCCGUCGCCGCCGGCCCCUGGCUCCCCCGGCCGCCGCCGUCUCCACAGGGGAACCCGAGCUCCAGCCCCUUUGUGGCCGCCGCCGCUGCCGCGCCCUGCCGCCGGCCAAGGGGAGCACCACACUCCUCUCCCCUUCAGCCGCCGACUCCAGCCGGUGCACGCGCCGGCAGCCGGCCGGAAUCGGUGCAGUUCCCUGCACCUUGAGCUAGGGCUCAAAAGUGCCCUCUUUGCGUUUCUCGGAGAUCCAACGCUCCCGAUCUAUCCGAAGUGAGCACGGCGAUCCCCUCGACUUGCUGAACGCCGUGCUUACCUCCAUUUCUGUCGGCGACCCUCCGUCGCAGAGUUUUGGCUCCCCCGCCCCCGGAGCAACUUGGUCGCUGAACUUGGAGAAGCUCUACAGUGCUCCUCGGCUAUCGUGCGCGCUCCGGACAGUGAGCAGAGUUCCGGCACGUCGAGACCUGUCAGCUGGUGCCCUCGCUCCAUCCCGGAAGUGUGCGGAUUUUGGUCCGGUUGGCAUCCCUCGCUUCGCAGGAGUUUGACGUAGUGACGGACGCAGGUGACACGGGUGGGAGCAGUCGGGUCGGUGUGAGGCCGCAGAUAGAGGGCGGAGUUAGCUCCCAACAGACGGUUUGGAGUUUAUUAACUAUUCCAAUUGGUGCGGUUCCAUCAUGGCUCCUCCUGACGAUGAAGGAAAAGCAUUGGAGGGAAAGCUGGAUGAUAAAGAGUUGGAAAGGAAAAUGAAGAAGGAUCAAAAGGCAAAAGAGAAAGCAGAAAAGAAACUAAAAGCUCAACAAAAAGAAGCUGCCAGACUCCAGGCACAAGUGACAUCUGAUGGCUCAAAGAAGAGUGAAAAAAAGCAAAAGAAAAAAGACGCUGAUGACGAGAAUCCUGUGGAUUUUAUUGAUCCAUUGACUCCUCCUGGAGAGAAGAAACUUCUUUCGCACCAAAUGGCCAAGCAAUAUAGUCCCAGUGCUGUAGAAAAAUCGUGGUAUGCGUGGUGGGAAGCAUCAGGCUAUUUUGUGGCCGACAACAGCAGCCCAAAACCGCCUUUUGUAAUUGUUCUGCCGCCUCCGAACGUAACAGGAGCCCUUCAUAUAGGUCAUGGGCUUACUGCUGCCAUACAGGAUACAAUUAUAAGGUGGAGGAGAAUGUCAGGUUACAACACUUUGUGGGUGCCUGGAAUCGACCAUGCUGGCAUAGCAACCCAGGUUGUUGUAGAGAAGAAGCUAAUGCGUGAAAGAAAAUUAACCAGGCAUGAUAUUGGACGUGAGAACUUUGUGUCUGAAGUCUGGAAGUGGAAAAAUCAAUAUGGCGGCACAAUAUUAACUCAAGAACGUCGACUUGGAGCUUCACUUGACUGGUCCCGUGAGUGUUUCACAAUGGAUGAGAAGAGAUCAAAUGCGGUUACUGAGGCUUUUGUUAGGCUAUACAAAGAAGGUUUAAUUUACAGGGAUAACCGCCUUGUUAAUUGGGAUUGCACCUUACGAACAGCAAUAUCUGAUAUUGAGGUUGACUAUAAAGAAAUUAAAGAAGAAACUUUGUUAAAAGUUCCUGGUUAUGACCGUCCAGUUCAGUUUGGUGUAUUGACAUCAUUUGCUUAUCCUCUUGAAGGAGGAUUGGGUGAGAUUAUAGUUGCUACAACCAGGAUAGAGACAAUGCUUGGUGAUACUGCAAUAGCUAUUCAUUCUAAAGACGAGAGAUAUAAACAUCUACACGGAAAAUAUGCAAUCCACCCAUUCAAUGGGAGGAGACUUCCAAUUAUAUGUGAUGAUGAGCUCGUGGAUCCUAGUUUUGGAACUGGGGCUGUCAAGAUUACACCUGCUCAUGAUCCAAAUGAUUUUGAAGUAGGGAAAAGGCAUAAGCUUGAUUUUAUUAAUAUCUUUACUGACGAAGGGAAUAUAAAUAGUAAUGGGGGCUCGGACUUUGAAGGAAUGCCGCGUUUUAAAGCUCGUGUAGCUGUUACUGAGGCAUUGCAGGCAAAGGGUUUGUAUAGGGGUUCUCAGAAGAAUGAAAUGAACCUCGGCAUUUGUUCGAGGAGUAAUGAUGUCGUAGAACCCAUGAUUAAGCCACAGUGGUUUGUCAGUUGUGACAGUAUGGCAAAGCAAGCUCUUGAAGCAGUAAGGUGCAAGAAGAUUGAGAUUAUUCCACAGCAGUAUGAGCAAGACUGGUACCGGUGGCUCGAAAAUAUUCGGGAUUGGUGCAUUUCGAGGCAGCUUUGGUGGGGUCAUCAAAUUCCUGCUUGGUAUGUGACUAUGGAAGAUGACCAGCUUAAAGACAUGGGUUCUUAUAAUGACCACUGGGUGGUUGCAAGAAACAAGGUGGAAGCACUUUCGGAGGCCAAAGGGAGGUUUUCAGGAAAGAAAUUCCAAAUUAAUCAAGAUCCUGAUGUAUUAGACACAUGGUUUUCUUCUGGCCUCUUUCCAUUAUCGGUACUUGGUUGGCCAGAUGAUACAGUUGAUUUUAGGGCAUUCUAUCCUACUUCUGUCCUUGAGACUGGGCAUGAUAUUCUCUUCUUCUGGGUCGCUCGGAUGGUGAUGCUUGGUAUGAGACUUGGUGGUGAUGUGCCAUUUAGAAAGGUUUAUUUGCACCCCAUGAUUCGUGACGCGCAUGGCCGGAAGAUGUCCAAGUCUCUAGGCAAUGUUGUUGAUCCCCUCGAAGUAAUAAAUGGCAUAUCACUAGAAGGCCUCCACAAACGGCUAGAAGAGGGUAAUUUGGAUCCAAAUGAAUUAGCCACUGCAAAAGAAGGGCAGAAAAAGGAUUUCCCAAAUGGUAUUGCUGAAUGUGGUGCUGAUGCCCUCCGUUUUGCCCUCAUCGCUUACACUGCUCAGUCUGAUAAAAUAAACCUCGAUGUAUUAAGAGUGGUGGGGUACAGGCAAUGGUGCAAUAAGUUAUGGAAUGCCAUAAGAUUCGCCAUGGGCAAGCUAGGGGAUAAUUAUACACCCCCCUCGACUAUAGUGGUGCAUUCAAUGCCAUCUGUGUGUAAAUGGAUACUAUCUGUUCUCAAUAAAGCAGUGGCCAAAACUGUAUCAUCUUUAGAAUCGUACAAGUUUUCUGAUGCAACAACAGCUGUAUAUUCGUGGUGGCAAUUCCAACUUUGUGAUGUGUUCAUCGAGGCUAUCAAACCCUACUUCUUUAAUGAUUCAGAAGAGUUUAAGUCUUCUAGAGAAGCUUCUAGAGAUGCUUUGUGGAUAUGUUUAGAUACUGGUUUGCGCCUUUUGCAUCCAUUCAUGCCGUUUGUUACAGAAGAGCUGUGGCAGCGACUUCCUCAGCCGGCAGACACUUGCAGGAAAGAUUCUAUAAUGAUAUCAGAGUACCCUUCUGUUCAAGAGGAAUGGACAAAUGAGCAGAUUGAAAGUGAGAUGGAGAUUGUUAUAGGCACCGUGAGAAAGCUAAGAUCUCUUCGCCCAGCAAACGAUAAAAAUGAAAGGUAUCCAUCUUUUGCACUUUGCCGAGGCAGUGAUAUUGCUGCCACCGUGAGAAGUAAUGAGUUCCAGAUUGUGACUCUUGCUUCUAUAUCAUCUCUGAAGAUCCUUACUGAGGAUGACGCUCCUCCGGCUGGGUGUGCAAUAGAUGUGGUGAAUGAAAAUCUAUCAGUGUACCUUCAACUUCAAGGCGCUCUUAAUGCAGAAGCUGAAAUCGAAAAGCUCAGGAAAAAGAGAGAAGAUAUCUAUAAGCAACAGUCUAUUCUAUCUCAGAAGAUAAAUGCUUCGGGCUACAAGGAGAAAGCACCACAGAGUGUUCAAGAAGAAGACAUGAAGAAGCUCAACUCUCUAAUGGAAGAGCUGAAGAUCAUCUCGGAAGCUGAGAAAGAUUUAGAUCAGCUGAUAGAUGGAGGAAACUGAAGGACUGAAUUACCGUUGGCAAUUUCCCUGUCUUAUUAAACAUUCAUAUAGCAUCAAAAUUUUGUGAUCAUCUUAUUGGAAUUUCUCUGUGUAAUUUUACGGGCAUGAAUGAUGUUUUUCACUAAUUGUCGGCAGGACUUGUUUUACCUUCUCCUUUUAUUUAUAUUAAAUGUUUGUAAGUAAUGCUGACUUCUCAAAAAAUGAUUUUGAGGUUGGUUCUUUGUUUUGGGAUUCCUUCUGAAAGAAAAUUCUCAUGCUGGCUAUUGAAA